AUGGCGAACUGGAAAGAACUGGGCGAGGUCCCAGACUCGGACGACGAACUGGACUUCGAUAGCCAGGAAUUCGAGGGAACCCAUCAAGAUGCCGACCUUCCCAUGAAGAGACCCGAUGAAGCCUUGCAGUCACCGCAAGCCCCCGGAGACAGUGUGUGGGAUGUCCCCCCCUCCUCCCAAGCAAACGCAGACGCGACUUCGAAGACGAAUCCCCCGACCUCGAGCCCAGAGGAAACAAGACCUCCUGUCGAAGAGCCCGCCUCUUCGCCCCUUUCCUCGGCGCAAGAUGUGGACGAUCUCGCGGAUAUUUUUGAAUUAGAGGACCUGCCAGCUGCGGCCCCUCCGCCGACGAGGCAUAUGUACACAGUUGGCGGCCGAGACGAGUCCCCAGAUCCUCUCGGGGGUGACGACAGCAUAUCUACGAGCUAUGUCAAGAUCACAGCCCCUCCGCCUGCGUUUCCCCGCGAGAACGAUACUCGAAGCCUGUCACCCCCUACAGCUCUGAUGGCAAGUCCAACCAGGAUGCCAUCUAGCUCGCUGAGGAGAGGACGAAGUCCAGCACAAACUGUUCAAAGCCUUCCCAGGAGUCAGCAGAGCCCACCAUCGAGCCCGCAGCGUUCACGAACGAGCCCAGAAGAUCCGCGAAUGCGUCAAGAGAGUCCACGGACAAGUCCGGAAGGUCUGCCGAGAAACGGACUAUCCUCUUUGAGCAGUCAACCACGGCCACCAGUCAGACAGAGAGACUCGGACACGAGCAGGGACGAACAAAUUGCGAGGGAAACUGCCGCCCAGCAUGCCCGCUCCUUCAGGCCGCGAAAACCGAUCCAGCAACAUCCAUAUUUGAUCGAAAAUGCACAAUACAGCAAAGUCUUCAAAUCCCACGGAUUACGGCCUGUCAGGAUGCCAAAUGAGCCGGCCGCCAGGCGACAGAGAGCCGAUGAGGAUUCCCAGGAGAAGGAUUUCGAAGCCAGUCAAGACAGCGUAUUGGAUGGACAGAACGAGACAACGGACGAGAGCCAGUCUCAUGGAUUGGAGGAACCGUUGAGUCACGACAUCUUGCGAAUGUCACUGUCGCCGUCUCCUUCUCCGCUUCGAACCUCGUCACCCAAGCAUAAGGGUGGACCGAGCAGUCAACCGAGCCAGGAUGGAGAAACGGAUAAUACCAGCUUGUCCGACAACGGAGAUCUUCCCUCGAUUGACGAGAUUUUCCGCAAAUCGACGACGGCACAGGGUAAAAAGAGAAGAAGGCUUAUAGGCACAGGUGUUGUCAGGUCUCGACCGGUGAAGGAGGUGGCCACGACCGAGCAGUCGCCUCCAGGUCCGACAUUUCAGACGUAUGAUGAGAUCUACGGCGUCCUCUCUUCUUCUCCUUUACCUCCACAGCUACCGAAUGCCCCCGUCGAUUUAGGAGCCGGCUCUAUCCCACCGUCUGGGACGGACCUUGCUCAAGUCCUCUUUGACGAUGAUGACGACGAUGACCCCUUCCGGUCACCGUCGCCGCCGAGACAAGCUUCAGCUCCCGCAAAUCAUGAAGUUGCUGAUAUUACAAUGGCCGACAUUUCUGCCGCAGAGGACGAUCAACCUGAUUUUGGAGACUUUGCUGCUAUGUCUGCACCAGAAUCCGAGGAUGGUGCUGGCAGUGGUCCAGAGAGCGAAUCGGAAGCCCUCAGAAACGUUGGUCGAAGAAUCCGAGGCGUUCUCCCGGCAUCAUGGCUUAGACUUGACCAACAAGCAAGCCGCCCGAAGCCCGCACAACAGCAUCACCGCGAACCAUCGCCUGAAAUGACGCAGCGACGUGGGGUUGCCGUCCGUCGUAUUGGUCGCUCGACGUCUACAACAGCGGCGUCGUUCAUUUUUGAUGACUCCGAUGAAGAACCAACGUCGGCGUCACGGCCUGCUGGAACAGCUCUGGUCAACGUUGAUGCGAUGUCCCCGCAACGACGUAGACCACCGGUCAUUGAGCUUGACGAUGGGGACUCUUCCGCUAUGGAAGAUAACGGAGUUGAUCAGAUGGCUCCGAGCCGAAAACGCCAGAUGACUCUCAAGGAGUCGUUCCGUCCAGCAAAGAGACUCAAGAAAAGCAAAUCGACUUCAAAUGCUCAGCCAAAGAAACGUGGAAGGCCUCCAAAAAGCGCGAGCCGAUCCACCACAACACCCCGCCUGGAUCCCUGGGUGACCACUCAGAAAUCAGCGCCUGGUUCACCUCAAGCUAUCGCCAGGGCAAAGACACCUCCGCGCUUGAGUAUUCUGGAUGUCAUCGAGCCAGAUGCGCCGCAGUUCUUGAAGGUUGCGGCGCGGGCAGCUCAGAGCAAACGCAAUCUGGGAAGGUCAAGCCCAAGGAACAAGACAAUUCGUCUAGCAACGAGGAAGGACAAUGUCGAUGCUGGGACAGUGUUGCAAAAGUGGAAAGGAAAUAAAAUACAGCCUCGCCAGGGGCUGCAACGCAAAAGGAGCACCCGAACUAAACCGACUGCGCGAAAUCCACUCGCUCAGCUUUCGACGAAUGUGUUUUCGCAGACUACGGCAGCUUCCCCUAAGAGUCAGACGGCCACUCAGCCUGCGAGAACGAUACAAGACAAUGACCAAGUCGCGACCCCGUCCCUUAGUGGUCGGCGGCCGCAACGGCCACUCUCGCGGCAAAGUUCAUUCGCCAGCCAACAUGCCACCAAUAGACCAGCGCAGCUUGAAACCGAUCUGGCAGAGCAGCCGGGAAGAAUUGCUUUCCAAGCGAGGAAAAGGGCACUUGAUGCUCUCUUUCGUCGAAGUCGUUCACAGUCGCUAUCCGCCCGGAGUAUGCAUUUGGACUCUGUCAUUGACGAUGCAUGCUCUGUCGUCUCAGAGCGGGUCAUUGAAACCAGAGGAUCCCCCGAGCCGUCGAUUACUGAGAAGCAUCGCCCCAAACGUUCAAGGAAAGCGGUUCCGCCCGUUCGAAUCGACGUCGCCGCUGCCCAAUUUCGUUAUGCAAACGAUCCUUUGCCCACGACUGAUGUGUCCACCCCAGCAGAGGCGCCCAGGACUACGCAUGCUGAUAACCAACUGCUUGGCCUCGGCCCCUUUGGUACCCACUACACGCAGCAUUUUGAUACAUUCCCACUCGAUCGUGGAGUGUUCUUCCACGAGAGUACUCUCAUAGGAAGCGGCAAGGUUGAUUCCGCAGUUGAUGAACGGUUUUCAGACAAGCUCUGGGAGUCUCGGCCUCGAGUAUCGUUCCAUCUGGGAGAACAGGUUCUUCGGUGGGACAUCUGGACUGAGCAGGUUUCGUCGGAAUUCGGCAUUUUGAUGGAUGGAAUGCUCGAUCAAGUCCUGAAGCCUGUGCCUACAUCAGAAGCUGGCUUCAACGCCAAAGAUGCAGCGCGUUUUGUUCUGGACUACGUUCUCAAGUCAAUGAGCUUCACCGACGACAAUGGCGCUCUCUCUUUUGUCACACGUCUAAGCGAUGUGACCCGAGCUUCCUUGUCUCGCCUGGAUUCCGAGUUGUCUCUAGACUCAAGCCAACGUCUAGAGCUGACGGACGUACUUUCAAACCUGCUGCUCAUCGUCUCUUCUGCAGUUCGUCUUUGCCAGAACCGUGCUUCGCUGAUCUCGGAAACUUUCACGUUGGAAAACCUCCUCAGGAAAGCUGCCGAAGCACUCGUCAGCAGCCUUCUAACGUCUGGACUGAACGAGGUCACCAAUCUUUAUGAUAACCUUCAGACGUUGAGGUAUCGUGAGCGUGGUAUACGCUCUGACAAGGUUGUUCCGCACGCCUGGGUAGUCUUGAUGAGGGUCUUGGAAAGUCUUCGGAUACCGAGGAUGAAUUUCUGGGACGUCACGUUCCCUCAUCUUAUCAAGCCGGCUAUCAUUCGAGGGUCAAAUGCACAAGAAUUCGAGUGUUUAUGGAAGGACAUGUUCACCCUUUUGCCGCUAUGCGAAUUCGAUAAUCUGGGCGUUCUCAUUGCCGACAAGAGACAUCACACCCCGGUGGAAGGUUGGAACCUUCCUCAGCAAGUCUUGAAGCGCGUCUUCCAGCUCUACCGCGACAACCCCCGUCAAUCUCCAAGCUUCAAUGACUAUUGCCGCACGCUGGUGGCCAGAUGUCACUAUCUGGUGGAACAAUGGGGAUGGCAGAAAUGCAGUGGCAUCAUUGGCACAAUUUUCGACUUCUUCGGUUCUCAGAAUCUGUCUCAUUUGCGAAACGAAGAGGCAUUCCGCUCUGCUCGAUUUUUAGACAACCUCCACACUAGUCCAUCGUUGAAGGUUGAAGCAGAGGAUCGCUGCUUCCACAUUUUCCUCAAAUUGGUGGCGUUGGUCAUCAAGAAGCUGAGGAAGAAGGACAUGGUCAACGACAUUCGGAACCUGGUGACUCGCACUCUUCCCAAUCACGACCGACAAUAUUCGAAGGAACAGGACGUUCACGCACAUGAUUUGGCUGCUCUCAGGAACCACCACGAUCUUCUUUGCACCUUGUUCUGGGCCGCGCCGCCCGAUCUUCGGCCUCCUAUUCACAACCUGCAGAAGCUCGUCAUCCCCGCUAGCUCUCACAAGGAAGCUUGUUUGAUCAACCUGCGGGCCUGGAACCAACUCGCACGAUUCGUGGUACACGAGGAGUCCCCUCUGUCGUUCCUUCCCCUGGCCAACUGGCAGGCAGACGUGUUCAAGCAGUUGGUUGACCAGUACAAUUCCGCCGCGGCUGAUAUGCAACGACAAUUCUUGGCAAUGCCGAAGGAUGCGACAAACAGAAUUAGCGAAAGUUUCAUGAACGCAAUCGUAGAAAAGAACAAGGCUGCUACUAUGGAGAUCAUGCUUUUCUCUGUCAAGUCGUCUAUGGACGUCGUACAAUACGCAAACAGCUUGGAGCUGGCAAGACUUGCGUCAAGUACUGUGCAAUUGCAACACGUCUUCCAGCACUUCUCCGCCCUCCCUGCGGACUUCCCGUCGGUCCUUCUGCAGGCCUCUCUGACUACCUUUGAACGACUCAUUGUACGGAUUGAGGCAGUCUUCAACGAAGACGGCGAUAGUCAAGACAGCAUGGUGGGCAUGGAGUCGGAAGAAGCCAUUCUAAUGCUUGAGCGAGAGCUGGCCGCUGGGUUCUUCUCCAUGUCACGUUGCAUUUUGGCCUACCAGGCCAACAGAGGCAAAACCUUGGUUAAGUCUGUCUCAGGUGCCUGCGUUGAGCAAUGCGUCGUUUUAUCUGGCAUGGUGUCUAGCCUGUUCGUCCGCUGUCGAAUGAUGCAAUAUUCUCAAAUCUUCAAGCGCAAUCAUAGAUUUGGUCUCUUUGACAAUAUGCCUCAUAAGCUCAGCUUGGAACAACGGCCAUUACUUCCGCUCUUUCUCUCGACCGUCAUGCAGAGGCCGGGGGAUGUGAAGCUAGACGACAUGGGUAUCGAUCUCCUCCAUCUGUGGUUGCUGAUUAUUGUUCAACCAAACCACUGCUUAAGAUUUGAAAAUCAGCUUGGCCAGCAAAUGCAACGCCAGGGAUUUCCCUAUGUCCCUAACAGGACACUAGGGUUUGUUGCCAAUCCAGGUUACAUGUCUAAUCGCGACUUCUUCGAGUACGCGAUGAAAUGGAUGCGGCAGUCCCUGCAUACAAUGAAUGCUGCCGAAAAGAAGAAAGAACUAUCCAACUUCUCAAAGGCGUUGGACAAUGCCAUGCAGCAAAUGCGAACCGAUCUUCAAGUCACGGCCAACGACUCAACAAACGAUUCGACAGAGCAUUCAACCUAUGUCAGAUUUGUUCGCAACAUCAUAUCCCUCAUCACAACUUACGGCACGGACAUCUGCAAAGUGCCCCCUUUCUUCAGGGAGGUGAGCAAGGCGUACUCUCCCCCUGCUGAGGAUCCUGAGCUGCAAGUGGCCAAAAUCCUGUCUUAUGGGCUGAAGCUGGCGGAGGGCAACACUGGAAUCGCCAGCAGCCUGUUUUAUCUCUUGCUCAAUAACUUCAAGAAAGCCCUCCAGCUGGGUAGAUUGCCACAACAAGUGCUGCUGCUGAAGACGGCUAUGCAGAGCGACGCCGUAGUAGCCUUCACCCUCAGAAUGCUUUCUGCAGUUCUGCACGCUACGAAGUCUAGCCCUGAAGCUUACGCUCUGCUGGAUGUAUUCUGCGACGCUCUAGAGCUGGAGUGGAAUGGUUCAGUCGUUGCCCGCCAACUAAACGAUGAUGUGCUGACCGCCAUGUCUACUCUGAUCACAUCUACGCUUGACUGGGCGACUGGUUUGAGAGGCACCCCUGUCAGCGCAGAGCACAUUCACGCGCUGAGGAAAAUCGUUUGGCUCGUCAACACCCUUCAGCCAACAUUCGAGUCCUACUCCUUGAAGCAAGGUGAGGUGAAGUGGUGGGAUGAAGUCAUGGAAAGACUUGAUUGGUUCAGCGUCCUCGUCAACGGAGCCGAAGAAUAUCUGGAUACUCAACUUGAGAGAUCACAGGUUCCGCCUCUAUCUCCCUCAGGCCUCUUCCGGCGCCUGAGAGAGGCUAAGAACUUCAAGAUUCAAGAUGCCAUGGUUCUUGAGUGGUCUCGAGUCAUUGUAGAUGACGUACAGAGGAACUGGGUGGUCAAGGGCCCGGUGUGGACGGUUCCAGGAAGUACCUGCGACAACAGUUCGACGCAACCUGCACGUGGCACGAUCAAACUUGACUGGGACAAUCAGGAGCUUGUCAUCACCUUGCAUGACCAACUUCGCAUAUGGAGCCAAUGGUGGACUAGUGGAAAGAAAGAGCCCGGAGCCCAAGGAGGAUUUGAUUUUGAAGAUUUCGCGUUAUUCUGA